AUGCCAGGCAAUCAAACCAACACAAUAACGACGGUCAUAGAUGCGAUUGACACGGCGCUGCUAGGUGGUGGAGGAGCUACGGGGGUAGAGGAUACCAAAGCCGUGGAAGCUGUAUCAGAGCAUGUUUUGACAUGGCCGGUCUCCCCGGUGGACUCGGGCUACCAGCACAGCAUAGAUUCUAUAUUAGACCCUCUUGCAUUGAGUGUAACAAACGAACUCUGUGGAUACAGUCUGGAUCUCAACACAUCCACACCAUCGCUUGGCAUGUAUGACAGUGCACUGCCGCAAGACUCACUGAACGAUCCCUUCCUAAACGUGGAAAAUUACGAGGAUUGCAAUUGGCUGUUACCUUGGCUAGAAUGGAGCCCGAAUGUUACGAGUCUCGCCCUUGCGUAA